UUGCCUUUUGUACUGGACUCUGUCAGAGAAUGUGGCACGGAAACCUUCUUUCCACUUUUGUUCGAAUUUGAUGAUUCAUCUUUACCGAUAUCGUUUUUAAGGAAAAACAUCACCUUCAACGACCUGUUCCUGAGCAAAAGUUUUCAGAUAAUGAUAGUCUUCGUACUUCAUUUGGACAUCGUUGCGGCAGUAUCCGAUGAAAGCGGUAACGUUGAGGUAACAGCAGAUUUAUUCUAUCAGCCGGGCGACUUUUCCGACGUCAGUGCCGAGACGGAAACAGGCUCCACACUUUGGCCAAAUCACACAGCGAUUCCUUAUUAUAUCAGCAGCGAUUUUAGUACAAAAGAAAGGCAAGUGAUUCUUAAGGCUCUGCGUAUCAUGGAGAAAAAGACAGAAGGAUGUGUACUGUUCAAGGCUAGAAGCGAUGAAAGUGAUUACAUUUACUUCCUCGGGAACUUUCGGGGCAUAUGCGACUCGAAGAUCGGUAGAAUUGGUGGGAUGCAAUAUAUUCAUCUGGCCCGCGCCGGACUUGUUUCCUCAUCAUCAUGUAUGGAGACGGGAAGAAUUCAGCACGAGGUCAUGCACGCCUUGGGCUUCUAUCACGAGCAACAGCGCACAGACCGCGAUCAGUAUGUCUACAUACGCAAGGACAACAUUGCAUCAGAUGAGCUAUAUGAGAACUUCGCAUUCACCACAUCAGCGUUCAUUUUCGGAACAAAAUACGACUACCAUUCCGUCCUGCAGUAUGAUGCCUUUGCGUUUGCCUCAUCUAACAAGAUUCCGGCGCUGGUCCCAAAAAGAGGGCUUAUUAAUCGCAUGGGUCAACAAAUGGGCAUGAGCCCGAGCGAUGUCGCGAGGAUAGCCUUACUCUACAAAUGUCCAUUAACCGUUAUUCUGGACACCAAAGCGGCUCCUAAAAACGCGGAUUUUCCAAAUUUCUCUCUUGAACCGAUGACGGACGAUCAGUGUCAGCUGCAGUUUAACGAUUAUUGUACGUCGGACAUAACCACUCAGUGGAAUUGCACGAAUCGAAGGGAUUUACGUGUUCUUUGCCAGUCUGAUGCAGAGUUGCCUAUUUUGGAAAGUAUGGCGGCCGGUAUGGCACAGGAACCUUUGCGACUGGCAUCCUUGGAUGUAGAAGAACAAUUAAUCGCCCGAUAUUCCUUUUCUCCGAUUCGGAACCAAAUCCUGAGGCUGCAGCUACGCAACUGCAUCACGGACCGCGUGACAUUAAGACUGGAGAAGUUAAAUUUUGUUAAUUUGUUGCACUUUGAACUCCACCACUGCCAUGGCCUGAUUAUCCAAAAGGCUGAUUUUGCGAUAUCCCAACGGCUGCGAAUAAUAACCUUUUAUAAUACCACCGUUAACGUUCUCCAGCCAGGCUCGUUUACAGAUUUGCCAGAACUGCGGAUUCUUUCUUUGGAAGCGCUACCGGACAGCCAGAAAAAUCACAAUUUUGAACCAUCCUUUCGAGAUUAUCUACACCGUCUGCACUGCAGCUGUGAAUUCGCCUGGUAUCGUUCAUGGUGGAGAUCCAAUCCAGCGUUGCGCCUCAGAGUUCAGACAGGAGAAUUGUAUUCCUUCGAGGGGCCUUUUAUCGGCACUUUCUUUAAUAGUGAUGAGUUUAACAAAGAAGAUGUGUUCCAUCCCAUCAACUGCAAUGCAGAUCCGUUUCCUCUCAGCACAGAAUGGAUAAGCUAUUACUGGCAACUUGAUUACUCUGUCAACGACCCCCUUUGCAACCAAGCACCCACUGCCACAACUUCUGCACCGAGGCUAUCAACUUUGAUAGUGAAUCCCACCACAACGGCAACCGCCCUGACAUCCACUGAAUCAACGGUUGUCUCGACGACUUUGCCGUGGAAUGUUACUAUUAGGCCUCUUGCACUGUCGCGAAAUAAAUUAAGCCCAGGGACCAUAACAGGUACCUCGGCAGGCGUAAUUUUGGGCGCUGCUGUUCUGAUCGCUGCUAUUAUGGCGGUUAUUAAGGACGAGCGAUGUAGAAGUUGGUGGACGUCCUUUCGAAAUGAUGGAUCAAUAUGGGGGCGAUCUAGGAAUGGAGGACCGAGUGAAGACUACAGCGUCGCUUUUGCUAACGAAUAA